UAGUACUUUUUUGACUCGAGUUGGAAAUAUUCGAAAAUAAUUUUCUCAAAAGAAUAUAUUUACACUUGAACAGCAUCCGGGAAGUUCAAUCAGUGUCAUCACCAUUUACUGUUAGUGUUACUUUUUUUGAUUGUCAGUGAAUUUUCAUCAAAAACUUCUGUUUAAACCAAUCCUUUCACCGUAAUGCGUAAUAAUUAAACAGAACGUUUUUAUCUUAACGAAAAAAGAAAUCGUUUGAGAUUUUUUUCUCUUUCAACUGCGAAAACUUGACAAAUACGUUUUGAAGUUCAAUUAGAAGAAGAGCGAAUAUUUAAUGUAUUUGAUUCUCUUUGAACAAGGUUUCGGUUGAAUGUUUAAUUAAAACUGAUUGCUUUUUGAAACGUUAAAGAGUUUCCAAUUGGUUGGAGUCAUUCAGAAAAUUCCCGUAACUUUCGAAAGUUUCCAAUUGAACGCUCUAUUGUGAACAAACUUUGAUGAUUUUUUGUUUGUUUGAACAAUGAAAACAGUCGAACGCUUGGCACAAUGAUUUCAGACACCUUACCGAAUUUUGCAUCUUUAACAAACCUUUCGUCUGUAAUCUACAAAUAACAGGGUAGAUUUUCUUUCAAAACAAUCGUGACAAUCACUUAGACAAGUCCCAUAAAAUGAACCAGACUACAGAUAUUUUUGAGUCGAACGUAACCGACAUGGACCUUGCUACAGCAUCCUCCGAAUUCCUGACGUCGUCCAACAGGUCUUUAGAGACUUACUCCAGUUCGAUGAUUGCCAAGUAUUGGGUCCCAGCUACCGCCUUGGAAUGUCUAGGUUUCGUCCUGAAACUAAGUCUCAUGCUGUUCAUCAUCCUUGCGGCACUCUUGGGCAACCUUUUGGUGAUAGUUUCUGUGAUGCGUCACAGAAAGCUUCGGGUGAUAACGAACUACUUUGUGGUGAGUUUGGCUUUAGCUGACAUGUUAGUGGCCAUUUGGGCCAUGUGCUUCAACUUCAGCGUGGAAGUCACAGGAGGUGUAUGGAUUUUCGGAUAUUUCAUGUGCGACGUUUGGAACUCCUUAGACGUCUAUUUUUCGACCGCUUCAAUCCUUCAUCUGUGCUGCAUCAGUGUCGACAGAUAUUACGCAAUCGUGCAACCGUUGGACUAUCCAUUGAUAAUGACCAAUAGAAAGCUGGCGUUUAUGCUGGCUGUGGUUUGGUGUAGUCCCGCACUGGUUUCGUUCUUGCCCAUCUUCAUGGAAUGGUAUUCUACCGAGGAACAUCUGCUUUUUAGAAAGAGGAACCACUACAUCUGUUCGUUCACGGUGAACAAAGUUUACGCAAUUGCUUCGUCAAGUGUCAGCUUUUGGAUACCAGGAAUGGUCAUGAUUUUCAUGUAUUACAGAAUCUACGUGGAAGCUGACAGGCAGGAGAGGAUGCUUUAUAGAAGUAAAGUCGCAGCAGCUCUUCUGAACAAACAUUUACAAAUAAAUGGAAUUACAGCAGGUUUGACGUUAUUGCGACAAUCAAUGGACGCAGCUACCGAGAAAGCAGACGCAGGCUGCAGCAGUAAAAUGAAAAGGGAAAGGAAAGCUGCCAGGACUUUAGGAAUCAUUGUCUCGGCGUUCUUAACGUGCUGGCUACCGUUUUUCCUUUGGUACGUGAUUACCAGCUUAUGCGCAGAAGCGUGCUACAACCCUCCUGAAGUAGUGACAUUAGUUUUCUGGGUAGGCUAUUUCAACUCAGCCCUCAACCCUCUCAUUUACGCCUAUUUCAACCGCGAAUUCCGCGUCGCGUUUAAGAAAACCCUUCAAAGUUGCUGCGACUUUGCUACGAGGUUGAUAACGCGACGGAGAAAGAACCCCCACGACCCCUACGUCUACAGCAACGCCUCGAGCGAGCUACAAGUGAACAGCCACUUUCGUACAGACCACCACCGAAAAAACGACAAUAACAAAAGGAUGAGCUGCCUCUCAGAGGGUGAGAGUCUUAAUUUUCAUACGGAGGCCGUCAUUUAAUCCGUCGAAUUAAUAUUAUCAAUGUAUAUUGUUAUGAUCACGAAACAAGAACUCAUUAUCCUUUUAAAUUCAUAUUAAAUAAUAUACGUGCA